AUGGACAGGACACAAGACAUAAUGGCUUUGAUCUGUCUGUUAUUUCUCAAACUGCCAAAGUUUGAUAUGGCUAGUGGAAAAAUCUUAGAGGAGACUUAUCAGAAGUGGGUUCAGUAUAAAGAAGACUGUGUCGAAAUGAUAGAAAACCAGCCGCUCCCUCAAGUGGGCCUGUUCUGUAACAGGACUUUUGACAGAUACGCCUGCUGGCCAGAUACUCCCGCCGGCUCUAUGGUCAACAUCUCGUGUCCUUUCUACCUGCCCUGGUAUGACAAAGUGUCCCACGGAGUUGUGCGUCGGCGGUGCGGCUCUGAUGGCCUCUGGGAGGGCGAGAACAGCGGGCAGGUGUGGAGGGAUAUGACACAGUGUGAGGAAGAAAAAGAGGUGACAUCUCAAGAGUUGUGGUUCAAACAACUGAUGGUGAGCUUCAGGAUGUUGUACACUGUCGGCUAUUCCUUGUCCCUCUUCACGCUCAUAACGGCUUUUAUCAUUCUCCUGAGCUUUAGGAAACUACAUUGCACCAGGAACUUCAUUCAUGCGAACCUUUUCCUCUCGUUCAUCCUGCGAGCUGUAUCUGUCAUCGUUAAGGACACCAUGCUAGAGCGCCACUGGGGACGAGAAAUCAUGAAACAGACCGACGUGAGUGAAAUGCUCAGUCACCAGGCUGCCUUUGGCUGCCGGAUAGCACAGGUGAUGAUGCAAUACUGUGUCCUGGCCAAUCACUAUUGGUUCUUUGGAGAGGCAAUUUAUCUGUACUCUGUGCUCAUAGCCUCAGUGUUCAUCGACAACAACAAGCACUUGCCUUACAUCUGUCUGGGCUGGGGAACACCACUUUUAUUUGUGGUUCCUUGGGUAGUAAUGAAGCUGUUGAAAGAAAACAAAGAGUGUUGGGCUGUCAAUGAGAACAUGAACUACUGGUGGAUCAUUCGUUUCCCAAUUCUGUUUGCUUCACUAAUCAACUUUCUGAUUUUCAUGAAGAUCCUGAAGGUCAUUCUUUCCAAAUUACGAGCCAGCAACCAGAGUGGAUACCCAGAUUACAAACUUCGGCUUGCAAAGGCAACCCUGACCCUCAUUCCUCUGUUUGGGAUUCAUGAGGUCAUAUUCAUCUUUGCUACAGACGAGCAGACAACAGGCGUUCUGCGCUUCAUUAAAGUUUUCUUCACCCUUUUUCUCAAUUCAUUUCAGGGCUUUCUGGUGGCUGUGCUCUACUGCUAUGCUAAUAAAGAGGUGAGGACUGAGCUGAGGAGGAAGUUACGCAGCUGGAGGAUGGAGGCGGAGAUUAUAUGCUGUGGACAGUGA